CCGAAUUUCAAAAUUUUGUAGUCAACACAUUUUGACUGUCCCCUCCGUCUGCUCCUUUACUGACCGUCUCAAGUCUCAAGAUCAAGGAGAAAGCGCGCGAAAGCUAGAGCAAAACCCUAGCAAAGCAAUGCCGGAGCUUCCAGAGGUAGAGGCGGCGAGAAGAGCGAUAGAAGAGAACUGUUUGGGAAAGAAGAUCAAGAAAGCUAUUAUUGCAAAUGACUCUAAAGUCAUCGAAGGAGUCUCCGCCUCGGACUUCGAGUCCUCUCUCUUAGGCAAGACCAUCGUCUCCGCUCACCGGAAGGGCAAGAACCUCUGGCUCCGCCUCGAUUCCCCUCCUUUUCCUUCUUUCCAGUUCGGGAUGGCUGGUGCUAUUUAUAUAAAAGGUGUUGCUGUUACACAAUAUAAGAGGUGACAUUGUUUUCCGGUUCUGUUUUGAAGUUAC